GUAUGCGUGUGUCGGUGUCGGACCGGCGCUCCGAGGGGGGCUCGCGCACGCUUCGUGGAUGCAUUUGCGAGUGUUGCGCGGAGUGCGCGUGUAGUUUGUGACAUUAGGGGAUUUAGGGGUGACUGGAACUGUCACACGCGAAACUACACCCUGCUUCAAAAUGUCAAACCGAGCAUGGGUGACGCUGGCCACAAACGACUCCUACGGCCUGGGGGCACUGGUCUUGGCACACUCCCUGCGCCGCGUUCGUUCCACGCACUCCACUGUGGUCCUCAUCACACCAUCAGUUACUGAUGCCAUGAGAGACCGUCUCCGCGCAGUAUUCACGGAGGUAGUGACCGUGGAUGUGUUGGACUCGCGCGACGCGGCCCAUCUGGCGCUGCUGCAGCGGCCCGAGCUGGGCAUCACCUUCACAAAGAUCCACUGCUGGGGGCUCACGCAGUACGAGAAGUGCGUGUUUCUGGACGCUGAUACCCUGGUGGUACAGAACUGCGAUGAGCUGUUCGAGCGGGAAGAGCUCUCUGCGGCCCCCGACGUCGGCUGGCCCGACUGCUUCAACUCUGGCGUGUUCGUCUACACGCCUUCCACGGCGACUUUUGACGCGCUCAUCAAGUUCGCGCAGGAGCGCGGCAGUUUUGACGGUGGCGACCAAGGCCUGCUGAACUCGUUCUUCUCGGACUGGGCGCGCAGCGACAUCAACAAGCACCUGCCUUUCCUCUACAACGUCACGUCAGCUGCUUUCUACUCCUACCUGCCGGCACUCAAACAGUACGGGCAGGACCUAAAGAUCAUCCACUUCAUCGGCGCGGCGAAGCCUUGGCUGCAGCCCUACGACUUCGAGACGCGCUCCGUGUCGGCGCCCGACCACCUGCAGGGCUUACUACAGUUGUGGUGGGACCUCUUCGUGGGCCAGGUGCACCACCAGCUCGACACAUCCAUGCAUUCCAACCUGGACGUUAGUGUUUCAGAGGUUGAGGACGUUGAGGUAGAGGCCCCCCCGAUGCCCCCUCCGGACGCCCAACAUUACGAGCCCAGCUUGGACCCCCGAUCAGAAUUCCGGUGGCACCACCCGGACGCACAACUCCAAGACGAAGCGGUAGCCGACAAACCUGACUUCACAGACUUCUACGAUCCCUGGCAGAAUUACAAAGGAAACGUCCCACCCAAUCCAAACCCGGAAGUCUCGGAUGAUCACAAAGCAGUGAGAGACUACGCGUGGGAAUAUAAAGCACCGGCACACACCGACGCGUGGCAGCCGCCCGCCGGCUACCAGCACGACACCCACUGGCACAACGAACCCCACCACACACACAGCCACGACCACAUAGAUCACUCCCGGGACCAUUCUCACACUCACACCCACCACACCGAUGAACACCACGGCUGGUACCAUCACCAUGAGGCAGGUCAAUCUUUCACGAAUCACGAAACGCCGCACCAUCAUCAUAGUGAAAACCACCACAAUCACGGGCAAACUCACGCGCAGUAUCCUCAUGAUCAUCACUACGAUCACACGAGCCAUCAUCAUCAUGAUCAUAGCCAUUCUGAACAGCCACACGAAUCAUCCAACUCGCAGUGGAGUAAAGGUUUAGAUCACACGCAAGUAGACACUUCACGGGUUCACAUAGUACAUCACGUUCACAUAGACUAUGAUAACGAAAGAGGGAACGAGGAAGCCGGUGUGCCGGUGGCGAUAAAAGACAUGAACGGCGAUGCCUCCGAGACCGAAAGUUGUGAUCAUGAGGAUAUAAAACCGAGGCACCCGUACGACAACUACUAUCUAAAACAUAUAUCCACUAUCGAUUCGUACGGACGAAAGAUCUGCUCCCACGAAAUACCCCCCACCCCGUCGCCGUCUUCAUCAGAGUAUAUGACCCCCAACGAUUCAGAAGAGGAGGACGAAGCGCUCGAAAACCAGGCAUCUCAAAGCGGAGUGGCGGGCAACCUGGCGCGGGUGGUGCCGGGCGCCGCCGCGCGCGAGGCGCUGGACGAGCUGACGCGCCGCCAGGGCUGGGAGGCCGGCAACAUCGACUACAUGGGUGCGGACUCCUUCGACAACAUCUGGGCCAAGAUCUCGCAGACCCUCAGCCAGCCGAGGACGUCCCCGCCCAAGGACCAGCCGAAGCAACCCUCGCCGCCGAAGGAGGCGCCGAAGCGGCCUUCUCCGCCCAAGGAGGCGCCGAAACAGCCCUCGCCUCCCGAGGAAGCCCCGAAGCAGCCGUCGCCACCCAAAGAGCCCGCGCCUAAGCAACCGUCCCCGCCUAAAGAGGCCCCCGCGGAAGCGAAGCCCGCGGAAGCCCCGGCGGAAGCGAAGCCCGCAGAAGCCCCGGCGGAAGUGAAGCCCGCCGAAGCCCCGGCGGAGGCCAAACCCGCCGAAGUUCCGGCCGCGGAGCCGGUCGCCGAGGCGGCAGGUAAACCAACUCCCAUAUCUCCCGCCGCAGAGGCUCCAGCGCCGGCCCCGGCCCCGGCGGAGGCCCCGGCGCCCGCCCCUGCGCCCGCAGCCCCCGCCGCGGUCCCCGUAGAAGCGGCGCCGGCGCCGGCCGCCGAGCCUCCUAAAGAGGAGAUCAAAGAAAAGACUGACAAACCCGAAGUUCCUCCUACGCCGCCGGCGACGCCAAAGUCUACCCCGGAGCCGUCCACCCCGGUCGCCGAAGCGCCGGCCGCCGUUGAGCCGAUGCUCGCUGCGGCACCUGCAGCCCCCGCGACCCCGGCGGCCCCGGAGUCGCCGGCGCCAGCGGCCUCGGCCCCCUUGUCGCCGGCCCCGGCGGCCUCGGCCCCCUUGUCGCCGGCCCCGGCGGCCUCGGCCCCCUUGUCGCCGGCCCCGGCGGCCUCGGCCCCCUUGUCGCCGGCCCCGGCGGCCUCGGCCCCCUUGUCGCCGGCCCCGGCGGCCCCGGCGGCGGCGACGCCGGAGAAGGCCCUGGACGUGACGUCGGCGUCCAGCGACAGCCCGCCGCUCGCCAACACGCCGUCGAAGGACGACGCGCCCGUCGACCCCGCCGCCAAAUCGGAGGAGCGCGAGCGCAGGAAGAAGGUGGAGAAACUUCAGCUCAGCCCGCCGGCCGCCGCCGACCCGCUCGCCACGCCCGACUCCGAGCUCGAGGACGCCGCGGCGCUCGCGCAGUCUAUCAUCGCCUCGGAACUCACUCCCACAGACCCUCCCGCACCCACCCCCGCCUCGCCGGUGUCGCUCGCGCAGAUCGGCGUCAAGCCCAAGGGGAAAACCACUGCUGCACAAAUAGAAUCUUCCAUAGCCCCGGCUACACCUAGCGCGGAGGCGCCCUCUACACCAAGCGCGGCUGCGCCCUCUACACCGAGCGCGGCAGCGGCCGCUACGCCAAGCGAGGUGGCACCAUCUACGCCAAGCGCGGUAGCGCCAGCUACGCCGACCGCGGCGGCACCAGCUACGCCAAGUCCAGAGGCGCCCGCUAAACCGAGCGCGACGACACCCGCUACGCUAACCGCAACAACGCCCGCUACACCUAGUGCGGCGGCUUCAGCUACGCCAAUCACAAAAGCACUCGCUACCUCAGGCGCGGCGGCACCAUCUAUGACAAGUUCGAAGGCACCCGCUACGCCAGAGGCGGAAGCGCCCGCUACCCCAAGUGCGGCGGCUCCCGCUAAGCCAGUGGUGGAUGCGCCCGCUACCCCAAGCGCGGCGGCACCCGCUACGCCAGUGGCGAAAGCGCCCGCUACCCAAAGUGCGGCGGCACCCGCUACGCCAGUGGCGGAAGCGCCCGCUACCCGAAGCGCGGCGGCACCCGCUACGCCAGUGGCGGAAGCGCCCGCUACCCCAAGCGCGGCGGCACCCGCUACGCCAGUGGCGGAAGCGCCCGCUACCCCAAGCGCGGCGGCACCCGCUACGCCAGUGGCGGAAGCGCCCGCUACCCCAAGCGCGGCGGCACCCGCUACGCCAGUGGCGGAAGCGCCCGCUACCCGUAGCUCUGCGGCACCCGCUACGCCAGUGGCGAAAGCGCCCGCUACAGCAAGCACUGUGGCACCCGCUACGCCAGUGGCGGAAGCGCCCGCUACCCCAAGCGCGGCGGCACCCGCUUCGCCCAGUACGCCAACCUCGGAAGCACCCUCUACGCCGAGCUCAGAGCCUUCCACCCCCAGCGCAGAGACGCCCUCUACCCCGACCACGGCCGAGGCACCUAAGGAGGCCACCAAAAAGAAGGUCGUAAAGAAAGUAGUCAAAAAGGAGGGCGAUGCCCCGGUGCCGCCGCCGCGCAAGAAGGAAAAGAAACCCAAAGAUAAGUGAGCCACUCGACAGUACCAGUCCUCUGUGCCAUAUUUGUAACCUCUCUUUUCUACUUUAAUUGUUACUCUUAAGUUUAUUUAAUUUUCGAAUAUGCUUUCAUGUGCCGCGUAACCCUAUACUAUGUUAGAUAUAAUUGUGUUAACUAUUUGCAUCACACAAUCAUAUUUUGUACUUUCUAGUCUAUAUAGCCCAGUCAAGUAUUGGUAGACGCGAAAAUUGGAUAUUUAUUUUGUCUUAUAUGAUUUACACGAUGUUAAAAAAAUCUACUAUGUUAUUAAAUCAUAUUUUGGUUAUUCUUUGGAAUAAAUUGUUAAACCAAAGGAGUUUUAUAUGAGACGUAUUUAUUGAAACGAAAUUAUUGUAAUUUUGUAUGAAAUUAAAGUCUAUUUUGUAUUAAA